AUGGAAACUACAUCAGAAAAUGUCGCGCAAGCCAAAGCUAUGUUAGAGAAACUCGGCGAGAGUUGGUCUCAGUACGAAACAGUGCAAUCGGAGCUAGAAUUGUUGGUUGAGAGCGAGGCCGUUGACAGAGAGACUUUCGAGGCCGCGUUUUUCGCUCUAAGUAGCAAGAUUCAAUUAAUCAUAAAUAGUGUCAAUGCCGAAUUACCGACAGCUUCGAAUAAUUUGGCAGCGCGAUCGCGUAAUGACGGCUAUGCUCAACGAACGGUACGACAUCAAACGGCUCAUAAUGCAAAAUCACACAAGGCCAUUUUCGAACUACCAGGCACGAGUAGAGAGAAUCCAGUUUCAUUGAGGCAGAUCAUAGAUGCGACAAAGAUAGAUAUGAUAACGUUAAAAGAAUGGCAAACGAGUUUACCGGAUGCAAAAUCGAUAUCGAGUUUUAAGCAAAUGACAGAAUUCUUAUUACGCAAAUGUCAGGCGUUGGAAACGGUUAGUAAGAAAGCGGUUACAUCAGCGCCAGCCAACACUGAUUCCAAAGUAAUAAAAGCAAAAAAUACAUCGUCAUUUCUAGCAAACGUCAAGGAGAAAUGCCCCAUAUGUAAGGAUGAACACUUUAUAUUUCACUGUCAGAAAUUUUUAGGACUUUCCACAGAGCAAAGGUUCCAACAAGUCAAGAGUCAUAAACUAUGCACCGUUUACGCGCUAGCAAUCAUCAAAUCAGAGAGUGCAAAUUCGGCCACAGAAUUCGUAUCAUCAGAGAGCGAAGCAGGCAAGGAAGGCCAGGCUCAAGAUACGGUGGUAGCAACCUCAGCGCGGAUAGAUGACGUAUCAAAUGCAACACAGGUGCUGCUGUCAACAGCAAUGGUAAAGGUAUAUGACCGCACAGGUAAGAGCCAUAAUUGUCGUGCCCUUCUAGAUAAUGGUUCGCAGUCACACUUUAUAACCAAGGAUCUAGCAAGGCGAUUGGAUCUAAAAACAAAGCAAAUCAACGUAACCGUCUCUGGAAUUGGAAGAGUAGCGUCUCAAGCGAAUGACAUAGCAAGACUCAAAAUAGGUUCAAACUAUAACGCUUUCCAAACAACCAUUGAUUGCAUGGUGAUAAAUCGCAUAACCAACAGGUUACCUAGCAAUCGGAUCGAUAGCAAGACUAUCGACAUCCCGAAAAACAUAAACCUAGCAGAUCCUAAUUUUCACAUUCCCGCAGACAUCGACCUACUGAUCGGAGCGGAAAUUUUCUGGCAACUCACACGUGUCGGCCAAAUCAAGCGAAUCAAUAAUCAGGUCAUUUUACAGAAAACACAGCUCGGCUGGCUAGUGGCCGGUAAGAUAAGCACAGCUACCAAGAUAUUGGGAACUUUACACUGUCACUUGAGUAUCAACAACGACGAGUUGGAUAAGAAGCUAACUCAGUUCUGGCAUAUCGAAGACUGCAGCAUCAGUCAAGCGUACACGAGAGAAGAGAGAUCAUGUGAAGAAUACUUUCGUCAAACUACUCGACGAAACGAACAAGGGCGUUUUAUCGUCAGGCUUCCGACCAAGGAAAAGGAACUCGAAAAAUUAGGAGAAUCGAAAUCAAUCGCAACCAGGAGAUUCUACUCUUUGGAAAGAAAAUUUAGGCAACAGCCAAAACUAAAGCAAGAAUACGUGGAAUUCAUGAAAGAAUACUUGAUGCUCGGACACAUGCAGAGGAUCAAGGACGAUCAAGAAGUCAGUGAUCAUACAUAUUAUUUACCACAUCAUGCAAUCAUAAAGCAAGCAAGCAUCACAACAAAGCUGCGCGUGGUAUUCGACGCUUCCUACAAAACAAGCAGCGGAAUUUCGUUAAAUGAUGCUUUAAAGACAGGGCCCACGAUACAGCAAGAUUUAUUUUCGAUUGUAAUCAGAUUUCGAACAUUCACGUACGUAUUAAACGCCGACAUAACCAAAAUGUAUCGGCAGGUGAUGGUAGACGCAACAUUUACACCUCUGCAAAGGAUAGUGUGGCAUGAAGAAGACCAAAAUUUGGAAACUUUCGAAUUGCUGACCAUCACAUAUGGCCAGGUCUUUACCAACCCUGCAUAUAGCACAUCAUCGGCGUCGUUUUUAGCCACCAGGUGCUUGAAACAAUUGGCCGAAUCGGAAACAGUGGAGUAUCCGCGAGCGACGGAGGCCAUUGCUCGGGAUUUCUACAUGGACGACUUAUUAACGCGAGCCGAUUCUAUACACGAAGCAAGGAUUCUUCGAGAUCAAAUCAUAGGCCUGUUAGCGAGAGGAUGUUUCCAAUUGAGGAAGUGGUCUUCCAAUUCAAAUGAAUUGCUAGAGGAAUUACACGGAGCAGUUGAUUCGGACUCGUUGCUAACAAUCAACAAAGAGGCGGACAACCGCACCUUGGUACCCACGAAGAAUAACAAGGAAUGGGUGACGAAAAGGAGCAUAAUGUCUCAAAUUGCCCAGAUAUUCGACCCUUUAGGACUAGUCGAGCCAAUUCUCACAAAGGCGAAAAGACUGACACAACGACUAUGGCAGCUACAGAUAGAUUGGGAUGCAUCGGUGCCAACGGAUAUACAUACUGAAUGGUUGCAAUUCCAGGAAGAAUGUCAAGUUCUAAAUACCUUAAGAGUACCAAGAUUGAUUAUCGAUUGUCAUCCGUAUGUGGAAAUCCAAAUACAUGGCUUCUGCGACGCGAGCAUACAAGCGCACGGCGCGUGUGUCUAUUUCCGGGUGACUGACAAGCAUGAUAAGCACUUCGUGAAAUUGGCAUGUUCAAAAUCGAGGGUAGCUUCAUUAAAAUGUAUAUCGCUGCCACGGCUAGAACUGUGCGGAGCAGUCUUACUUGCCAAAUUACUCAGCAAGGUGGAGAACGCGGUGCCAAGAAAAUUCAACCGUCGAAUUCUAUGGUCGGACUCAACUAUCGUCUUAGCAUGGUUAAAAUCCAGUUCGAGAAACUUCAAUACAUUCGUAGCAAACAGGGUGAGCGAAGUACAACAGCGCACUACUGACCAAGAAUGGCGUCACGUACCGACAGAAGACAACCCGGCGGACCUCAUUUCCAGAGGCCUGUUUCCCGCACAGCUUAUCAAUUCGUCAAUAUGGUGGAAAGGCCCAGAAUGGCUGCAGUUGGACAGCACCGAAUGGCCUCAGCUACCUGAUAGUGAGGUCGAAUCCCCUCUACCUGAACGGCGUCAAGUAGCAACACACUUAGUCACAGGAGCUCUACAAGGAGACGAUGAGGUAUAUACUCGAUACUCAGAACUAGACAAACUCAUACGCAUCACAGCGUGGUGCCUGAGAUUCUAUACAAAUUGCGAGAACGGAAAUAGAAUCACCGGACCGUUAAGCAGCAACGAGCUAAAUGUCGCCUUGAUUCGGCUAUGCAAACAGGUGCAACAGGCAGUAUUUAAAUCCGAAAUUCAGCAAUUAAGCAACCAACAAAAUUUAGCCUCGAAAAGUCAACUUUUAGGUUUGAGUCCAUUUUUAGACCAGGAAGGAGUCCUUCGCGUCGGCGGAAGACUAAAGAACUCUAUGUUAACGUAUACGGCAAAACACCAGGUAUUGCUACCGACAAAUCACGUGUUGACAAGAUUAAUCAUACAAUAUUAUCACAAGAAGAAUCUACAUGCCGGUCCACAAUCUACAUUGGCAGCAGUUCGACAAAGGUUUUGGCCGCUGGCAGCAAAGAGUGUCACACGCAAGAUUGUACGUAAUUGCGUGACCUGCUUUCGAACCAAACCGCUGAUGUCGCAAGCAAAGAUGGGUGAUCUACCGGCGGCUCGCGUGCAACCAUCCAAACCGUUUCAGUCAUGCGGCGUGGACUAUGGAGGACCGCUCUACAUCAAGGAAGGAAGACGACGAAACGCAAGGUUAACCAAGGCUUACAUUGCACUAUUAGUAUGCUUUACGACAAAGGCCGUACACAUCGAAUUAGUCAGCGAUAUGUCAUCGGAAGCAUUCAUAAAUGCUCUCAAACGCUUCAUAUCUCGAAGAAGGAAGAUAGCCAACAUUUAUUCAGACAAUGGAACAAACUUUGUAGGGGCCUCCCGCGAACUUCAAGAGUUACACAGAUUAUUCAACGAUGAGCAACAUACGAAACGUUUACAGAAGUACUUAACCGAGGACAGCAUAUCUUGGCAAUUCAUUCCGCCCAACGCUCCUAAUUUCGGCGGACUCUGGGAAGCUGGCAUCAAGUCAGCUAAGACUCACUUGAAGAAAAUUGUAGGUCAAGCAGCCCUGACCUAUGAGGAGAUGUACACCUUGCUAACACAGAUUGAAGCAGUGUUGAACUCUCGUCCCAUUACUGGCUUAACAGAAGAUCCUAACAAUAUUUCUUUUCUCACUCCAGGUCAUUUCCUGAUCGGGGAACCUUUAAACUAUAUUCCAGAGCCUGACAUGGCCGAACUCCGGACCAACCGAUUGUCACGUUGGCAGCGAGUGGAGCAGAUGCAGCAGCAAUUUUGGAAAAGAUGGAGUGUGGAAUAUCUCCAUCAGUUACAACAACGCACUAAGUGGAAGACGAGCAAAGGUCGACAGUUACAUCCGGGGCAAUUGGUCCUGAUACAGCAGAAGGAGUUAACACCGAUGCAAUGGAUGCUAGGUCGGGUAUUAAAGGUUCACACCGGAUCAGACGGAAUAGCUCGGGUCGCAACAGUUAAAACUGUCAAGGGCGAGUUGGAUCGACCAUUAGCAAAACUAUGUAUACUUCCAUUAGAAAUGUCAUAA